AUUGUGUGCGCCAUGAAAUACCGUGGCCUGCACGAAUGGAUGGCUUACGGUAAUCGUGUGCGCAUGUUUUAACCGGCGGCACUGGUCUCGCCGUGCUAGUUGCGUGACAGACACAUUCGCUGUGACCUAGGCUAGUCUUCACAUGUCUGGAACCAGGGAAGGCGUCACCCUAAUCAGGGUGGGAACGAAACCAGCCAGGACGAAUAGAUCCGAACCCACGGCAGACAUCUCUAGCAUCCUGUCGGCUACCCACAUAGAUCUAGCUCUGAUUUCAGACGAGACAAAAAUGGCAGGAAUUGGAGAAUUGUUUAUCACAAAACCAGCCCCUGAGUUUGAAGCUGAGGCUGUUGUCAAUGGGGAAUUUAAAAAAGUGAAGCUGGCAGACUACAGGGGAAAAUAUGUGGUGCUCUUUUUCUACCCAUUGGAUUUUACAUUUGUUUGCCCCACUGAGAUCAUCGCCUUCAGUGAUCGUGUGCAGGAAUUCCGUGAUAUUGGAUGUGAGGUGUUGGCAGCUUCUACAGAUAGUGUUUUCUCACAUUUAGCAUGGAUCAACACACCUCGCAAACAAGGUGGUCUUGGACCCAUGAAUAUCCCAAUCAUUGCUGACAAAACCUGUGAAAUCUCUAAGAAAUACGGUUGCUUAAAGCCAGAGGAGGGCAUUGCCUUCAGAGGCUUGUACAUCAUUGAUGACAAAGGAAUUCUCCGUCAGAUAACCAUUAACGACCUCCCUGUUGGAAGAUCAGUUGACGAAGCGCUUCGUUUAGUUCAAGCUUUCCGUUACACAGAUAAACACGGGGAAGUGUGCCCUGCUGGGUGGAAGCCAGGGAAAGACACAAUCAAGCCUGACUCCAAGGGUAUCCAAGAAUACCUGAGCAAAGAAAACUAAUCGCCCAAAGUUGCACGGUUUAGUCACUGAGUAAUGUUAAACGCAAGUAUUUUUGUAUUGAUGUACAACCAGUUCUAAUACUUAUGGUUUAGUGUUUCUGUAGGCAUGUACUGAAUUCUACAACCUUUUGAUUGCUUUACAAUUGGUUAAUUUCGUAACAUGACUCAUAACUAAGAUUUACUGCCAAUAUGGAUUUAGGAAUAAAAGGUUUUUCACUUGA